GGCCAGAAACAAAAGCAGCCAAAAAGCAAAAGAAGACUACACUUACAUGCCAUGUUAUGCUAUGAAAAAUGAAAAGAAAAAGUUGCAUUGAUGUGUGUCUAUGUGUGUACUAUCCAUGGCAUUUGUGAAUAAUUGAUUGCUAUGUUGAGGGUCUUUUGGGGUGUUUACUUCAAAAUAUUCUUGAACCUGCAAUAACCGUACACAUUAUUGGAUGAUAGUAUAAUCAUCCAUAGCUAUAGGUAACAGUUUGUGUUUCUGUUACUGAAACAUUAAACAUCCACAUGCAGACACACCUCAAGCACAAGCACAAGGAGGAAGAGCUUCCUUUUCUCUAAUACUACUAGUAUUCUCUAAUAGAAAGAAAGGAAAAAAAUGGUUUCUGAAAACUCCAUCUCUUCUUCUAAGCACUCUUCUACUACUCCUAAAUUUUGUAACUCUUACACUACCAGGAUUUUUGCUGAUGUUGCUGGUGACAUUACAAUUGUGGUUGAUGGGGAUUCAUUUCUGCUGCAUAAGUUUCCCUUGGUUACCCUAAGUGGGAAGAUCCGAAAGAUGGUUGCUGAAGCUAACAAGGGUUCAAAUGUUUCAAAUUUGGAGCUCCUCAAUUUUCCAGGAGGACACCAGACAUUUGAACUUGCCAUGAAGUUCUGCUACGGGAUGAAUUUCGAGAUUACACCGUUUAAUGUUGCCCGACUGCGUUGUGCAGCCGCUUACCUAGAAAUGACAGAAGAGUAUCGGGAGCAAAACCUCAUCUCAAGAACAGAUAUUUAUCUGAAUGAGAUUGUCUUUGAAAAUCUUCAGAGGUCAGUAGAAGUUCUAUCUACCUGUGAGAUGUUACCUCUAAAUAUAGUGGAGGAAAUAGAAAUCUCGAAAGGGUGCGUCGAAGCUAUUGCAAUGAAUGCUUGCAAAGAGCAACUAGUUUCUGGUUUAUCUAAAUUAGACUGUGAUGGUGAAUCUAAGGAACUAAAGGAUGAGUGUGUGGCAUGGUGGAUUGAAGAUCUCUCAGUACUGCGUUUCGAUUUCUACCAGAGAGUUAUAUGUACCAUGGGAAGAAUGGGGAUUAGAUCAGAUAACAUUAUUGCUUCACUGAUGCAUUAUGCUCAAACAUCACUGAAAGGUAUUGGGAAGUGUCAAAUCUGGAAUCAAUCAAGGACAAAUUCAAGUCCAACCACUAUAGAAAAAGAUCAGAGGACAAUCGUCGAAACUAUUGUUAGUCUCAUGCCAACAGACAAAAGCAGCUCUUCCAUCAUUCCCUUGACUUUCUUGUUUGGCAUGUUAAAGAUGGCUAUAAUGUUGGGUGCCACAAUUCCAUGUAGGCUUGAGCUUGAAAGAAGGAUAUCAUUUAGGUUGGAAAUGGUUUCACUAGAUGAUCUUCUUAUACCAUCUCUUCAGAGUGGAGACUCCUUGUUUGAUGUGGAUACAGUUCAUAGGUUACUGGUGAAUUUCUUGCAGCGAAUUGAAGAGGAAGAGACGGAAGACUACGGAUAUGAAUCCGACGGAAUUGGUUAUAAUGGACAUGGUUCCCUGCUAAAAGUAGGGCAGCUUAUUGAUGCUUUUUUAGCAGAAAUUGCACCUGAUCCUUGCUUAAGUCUACAGAAAUUCAUUGCUUUGAUUGAGAUACUUCCUGAUUAUGCUCGUGUCAUCGAUGAUGGCCUUUAUAGAGCCGUCGACAUUUAUUUGAAGGCCCAUACAGCAUUAACAGAACAAGAAUGCAAGAAACUUUGCAAGUUUAUAGACUGUCAAAAGCUGUCUCAAGAAGCAUGCAACCAUGCUGCCCAGAAUGACAGGCUUCCACUGCAAAUGGUUGUACAAGUUUUGUAUUUUGAGCAGCUGCGCUUGAAAAAUGCCAUGUCAGGAAGUUCAGGAGACGUGUUGCUAUCACAGAGAAUAAGUAGCGGUGUUCCAAGUGCAGCCAUGUCCCCUAGGGAUAACUAUGCAUCUCUGCGGAGAGAGAAUCGAGAACUGAAACUGGAGAUUUCAAGAUUGAGGGUGAGGCUGAGUGAGUUGGAGAAGGAACAAUUGUUCAUGAAACAAGGCAUGAUUGAUAAGGCAGGAAAUGGAAAAACUUUUUUUACCUCACUUUCUAAGGGGAUAGGAAGAAUUGCAAAUUUUAGCGGUCAAGGUGGAGUAAAGCGCCAGAAAUCGAGUAGGAAGUCUCGGGGAACAGAGGGAAAAAAUGGUAGGAGUAAGAGAUAUUCUGUCUCAUAGAUAUUGUUCUUCUUAGUUAGAUGCUUUUACAGCACCCUCUAUUUCUACCUUUUAGGUGAUCACGUGUAAAUGAGCUGGUCAAAUGUUUCUCCUCAUCUUUGGUCUUUAGUUUCACAGUUCAACUUGAAUGUUACCACUCUUCCUAAGUUGUCUUACACAGUGACACUUGUUGAUUGGCCAUCAAGAGGAAGCUUCAUCAAACACCACAUUCCAAGAUGAGGAGACCUUGUUAAAGGGACGUAACACCUGCGUUCUGUUCUCUUGACAUUCUCACAAUGUACUUGUCAAACUUGCUUCCUAAAUUGCUUGGAAAGGAUAAAUGUAACAUAUGCGACAAAAUACUCAGAAAUGGCUCACCAUGUUUUUAAGUUUACAUAAUAACUUCUUAUGCGGUAAUAUAAAUCCUAGUUUGAGUUGCAGAAGCCAAA